AGUGUCUUACCACCCCCUCCACCACGCUACACAAUCCCUGUCGCUUACGCGGCGGGGGCGGCGAACGGGAUGGCGGUGCCUGUUGUUGAAACGAACAACACGAUCAGCCACCCUGAAGGCGGUUGCCCACUGCAGGUUGGAGAAGCCGGUUUGGAUUCUAACAUCUAUUAUCUCGCGCCAGGUACCUAUACUCUCAGAGACGAUCUUUUAUUAGCAACACCGCCUCCACAUCCCUCCGAAGCACCAAUUAUCAAUCCUAACCCUCUUGCGACUGUACCAGCACCACCUACCUCAGGUGUCAAACUGUCCUUGGUCAGCCUGGAUCCGCGCAGGAAGCCUCCGACCUUCUUGAAGACAGCGACGCCAGCACCUCUGUUCGGAGAAGGCAACCCCGCACUUGCGCUCCCACCAGUCGCAGCAAAGGACGCAUCAAAGAGAAGGAAGCCAAAGAACAACAUAAUCAAGAGCAGCUCCUCGUUUGUUUCUCGGGUUAUCACGCACGAAACAUCCGCCAAACGACUCGGCGAUCGCGAUCCUAAUGGGGUCUUUGCGUUCGCCAAUAUCAACCGCGCGUUUCAGUGGCUGGAUCUCAAUUCGACGCAGAAGGAGGAGCACCUGACCAAAGUUCUUUUCACCAAGGCGCACAUGCUAUGCCACGAUAUCAAUGACGUGACCAAGACCUCGUCUCAUUUGGACAUCAUAAUGGGCUCCUCUGCCGGGGAUAUCAUCUGGUACGAGCCGAUGUCGCAGAAAUAUGCCCGGAUCAAUAAGAACGGCGUCAUCAAUAACUCUCCUGUCACCCAUAUAAAGUGGCUUCCAGGUUCUGAAAACCUCUUCAUGGCAUCGCAUGCUAAUGGUGUUUUGGUGGUUUACGAUAAGGAGAAGGAAGAUGCAUUGUUCACACCAGAGGUCUCCGAUCAUCCGGAGAGACGUCAACAUCCACUAGAGGUUUUGAAGUCCGUCAAUUCGAAAAACCAGAAAACCAACCCUCUAUCACUCUGGAAACUUGCAAACCAGAAAAUCUCGCAUUUUGCCUUCUCUCCCGACUCGAGGCAUCUCGCGGUAGUCCUGGAAGAUGGGUCACUUCGGGUGAUGGACUAUCUGAAAGAAGAGGUCCACGACAUCUUCCGAAGCUACUACGGGGGGUUGAUUUGCGUCUGCUGGUCACCUGAUGGCAAGUACAUUGUGACAGGAGGCCAAGAUGACCUCGUGACUAUCUGGUCUUUCCCUGAACGCAAGAUUGUGGCAAGAUGUCAAGGGCACAAUUCUUUCGUAUCCGCAGUAGCGUUCGACCCGUGGCGAUGCGACCAGAGGACUUAUCGCUUCGGAAGCGUUGGUGAUGACUGCAGAUUGCUCCUUUGGGAUUUCAGCGUGGGAAUGCUUCACCGGCCUCGUGUGCAUCAUCAACUUUCUGCCCGAAACCGUAACAGUAUCAUUGCGCCUGGGUCCCAGUCGAUACAUCGCCAUCGUGCUGAUAGCGGAGGCAAUCGUGGCCGUUCAAACUCGGAGAGGACUGAAUACGUGGAUAGAGAAACCGAAGUGGCUGAUCACCCUGUCGAGCCUCGUGCUCGGACCGCCUUAUUACCGCCCAUCAUGUCCAAGAUCGUAGGAGAGGACCCGAUCUGCUGGCUCGGAUUCCAAAAUGAUUGUAUCAUGACAUCAUCUCUUGAAGGGCAUAUCCGAACCUGGGACCGGCCUCAUGAUAGUGUGGUGAGCCAUGACCGAUAA